CAAGGCCGCAUCCAGCGGUGCGCGACGCGAUUCGGCGAUUCGGCGAUUCACCCAUGGGGGGGUCUCGCAUCGCAGACGCGGCGCCCAGCUGCACUGUAUCGCUCUUGGUGUGAAUGCCGCAGCGUGUUCGCGAAUUUGUUGUGGAUUGAGUCGGCGAGGAAGAGUAGGCAGUCACGCGAGGGAUGAGAGCGAGAGACGCGGGGGCGAUGCGGUUCGUGGCGAUGGCUUUGGUGAUGGUGGCGUGCGCAAGUUGCGGGGCAGACGUGAGUCCUGGGGAGUUCCGAGUGGCGAAGAUCGAGCAGGCGUGGAACAAAGCGCAACGCAUACAGCUAUCGGCAGUGCAGCUGUCGGACCUGCACGGAGAGCUGCGUAUGCUGGAGCGGCAGGAGCUCUCGGUGAAGCGGGACGGCCACGUGGAGGAGCAGCAGACAGAGCAGCUCAACCGCAACCUUUUGGCUGUGUUGGCACGCUACGGCCUGGAUGGAGGAAAGAAGGAGAACUUCGGGCUUAAUUCCAACCGGCUGAUGGAGUUUGGAGACAGCAAGCCGUUCAGAGACCCAAAACUCAACAAGAUGUGGGAGAAGGCACGUGCCUCUGGGAGGUUUGAAAAUGCCGGCGACUUGCAGCGCUUAGAGCGAGAUUUCCAUCUCCAUGAUGAGCGAAUACAAGAGUACGAGGCGAUGGUCAUCCAAUCGACAGGACACAACAUGAACACAGUUGAUGGAGCCGGAAUCCCAGAUAAGCAGCUGAAGGAAGUGAGAAGUAAACUGCAUAACUCCUUGCAGCGCCUGCGAGAGUUGAUGAGCAUGGGAUACGUGAACAGCGAGUUCACCGAGCCUGUUGCAAUGGAACUGUGGGAAAUGGCCCAACAAGCAAACCUCUCUGAGAAAGAGCUGCACGAUGUAAAGGAGGAACUCUUGACGUUGGAGCGAAUCUCAGAAAAACACAGCCAUUUCCGCGAACAGCUGCAGGUGUCCCACGAGAAACUUCAGCACGCCAAGGCGACGUAUGACGAUGUACCCUUUGACAAGACGGCACAGGACAGUAAACGGGAAAACGUAAAACUAUCGCACGAUGUGGAUCGUCUUGGUGAAACGCAACGCAGGCAUAAUGAGUUGACGGACAAGACACGCUCGCUAGCGUACAAGGUCAAGAAGUUGCACCAGGAUCUUUCCACUCGGCUCUCCCGGCCGAUUAAUCGACAGCACAAUGAACUUUGACAAAUGCACACAUGGUACACAUGGGCUUGGUUUAGUCAAUGUACGUAUGUGAUAGUUGUAAUAGUGUUGUGAUUCAAAUUACAGAGCAGUUAAUAAUGUUUUUUUUAUAAUUCAAGUUGCUUUUUCCUUAAAAUCACAAUUUUUGCACGGUGUCCUCGAUGCAUAAUUUUCUUGAUUAAAGUAAACAUGUUCACUUUGCAAACACAAAGUUUGGUUGAUGUCUUUGUUCAAAUCAUGACAUAAAAAGUACGAGGGUUUUUCAGAGAACAUGUUUGCCAUCACCUUGACAGACUUUCUCUGCAUGGUCACCUCUACUGAACUCUACUUCUUACAACCGCCUACAAACUAAUUAACGAUAAACUAUAUUUUUUUAUUCUACCAAGUAAGGACCACUGAGCUAUAUAGCUCUUUUUCAGAAGUGACCUGACCACAAAUGAUAGCUUAACGAAAUGGCGUUUCGUUCUGGGGAAUUUAUAGCAGCCAAAUAGUCUAAAACACGUGUUUCUAAAUGUUGAGUUAAAAACUAAGCGACCAUGGAGAGAACAUGCAAACUGCAAUUAUACAGGCGUCGGAUCGGGAUUGAACCCACGACCUGUAUACCAGAUGAGGUAACACCUCGCCACCGCGGUGCCCAUGACCGUCAAGGUCACCAUCGGCACAGACGUCUUAUGGUUGGUCCUUGGACCGUAAUGGCACCACUCUCUUCACAGCCUCCCAUUUGGAGCUUCUAUUACAUGCCCAGAGAGAUGGAAAUCUGAAGUGGCUGAGUCUGGAUUCUUCCGAAUGUCCCAGAUCAUUCCAGCCAAGCUUUCUCAAUGUUCCCGUACGGUAUGUGAGUGUCCAUGGGGGGCGGGGGUGCACUUUGGGUGUCUCGCGUUGCCGGCCACACGCUCGGAUAUCCGCCAUUAAAAGGGAAACCAUGUUGCGCGUGAAUUUCGCCGUCUAGAAGUGCUCCGCAUGCUGCUGGAAAACCAGCUUUACCGGCAGCCACUCAAGCAGCACCUAUGCACUAGACUCGGCAAUGUACGCAUUCAAGGUUCAGCUCCCUAGUCCUGGAACAUUGUUAUAAGUUAUAUCAGUCACGACCAGUUAUAUAUUUUCACAUGGAUUAACAUAACGGUUAACCAGCAUCGGUUCAUGCAAGCCCGAAUGCUGAUGAGACAUGUCAAAAUUGACCCUAUUUUGCUUCUGUUGAACCAAUGCCGGUGAAAUUACGUACUGUGGUCGAUGGUAUGUGUAAUUUUUGUAUGCGGAAGGAACAGAUAUAUUGUCUGCGUGUUUAUUUUUUGUUACUUCUUUAUCCACAAUGACAGCAGAUGCGUUUACGUUCAUUAGCUAUAGGACAGACGGAGGGGGUGAGACUUUCAGGCUAGUUGUUCGAGGUCGCUGCGCGUUCACUGUGCUGCUACUGCAGCAGCGGCAUCUGGCGGAGAGGACUCGUGGGUAGCGAGGAGGUGUGGUGGUGGCAUCAUCGGCUUGUGCAUUAGGAGUGCGCAUGCUCCCUGAACCUGCAGAAUUGGGUGUUUGUAAACUGCACCCUCCGAUUAGCACGGUCGGCUAAGUACGGCGCGAAAGAGGUUCAGCGUACACACAUUGUUUGGUGAUGUUGAAGUUGGGGAUGCUACUGAUGUUAACGAGCAUGAAGUUGGUGAUGUUGAUGAUGAAGGUGAUAAUGCUGACGCUGAUUAUAUCGGCGAUGCAUUUGAAGUUGAUGGUGAUGUAGAUGGUGUUAAUGGGGGUUGACAGGGACGCAAGUCAGUGUGGCAUUGAUGAUGAAGACGUGAUGUUUGUUGGAGUUGCGAUUGUUACGUUUAGGUAUUGAUGUUGGCAAGGGUGAUGAUGAUGGUGAUGAUGAGGCAAUGCAGAUAUUGAUGGUGACAAUUUUGGAAUUGUUAAUGAUGGGGAUGAUGUUGAUGACAAUGUUGAUGUAGAUGGAAUUUGUGAUGAUGGUCAUGACAAUGAUGGUGAUGCUGAGCUGGGUAGAUGAUGAUCGCAUUGCCUUUGGCGACGAUGCAGUCUAAGUAGGAAUGUGUUUUCCUGCCACUUUAUACUGGUGCGUUUAAGUGGCAAUGUGGCUGCUAUGGCUGUAGCUGUUAAUUUUAUUGCAUUUCAGUUCUAGGGAGAUUUACUUUUUUGGUGUGGGCUUGGGGUAAAUAGACGUCCGGGCCAGUCGUGGGAGCUCCCGCGCAGCGCUGACUUCUUUUGCCCACUUGAGAUUCGUGCCCGGGCGGAGGGAGGCAGGUGCUCGUGUUCAAGUGCAGGAGGUACCCACAGCUCCCCCUGGGCUGGGAUGCCGAUGUGGAGUGGAUGUAGACAGCCCCAGCAGAGGCUGGGUUGCAGCUCCUACCACCCAGCUGCUUUUGAUAGUCAAAUAUUGGAGAGAGCUGCGAUCUCGGUGACCUUUGUAACGGUCGAAUCAUUUAAAUGACAAACGUAUAAUUGAAACACGUUCAUUGCGUCACAGUAUACGUUUCAAUUACACUUAGCGGAAUACAUUAUAUUAAUAAUGAUGUACAACAUAAAACGUUCAGUGAUUUGCUGCUCAAACGAGCCAAGAGUUUGUACUCAUCUGAGAUCAGUGGGGGAAAUUCCGCGUUGCGAGACUCCGUUUAUUUCCUCCACAAAAUGGUACCCAAUUUAAGACCCUGGAGGCCUGAGCGUUGAUGGGCUUCGUCAAUCCCAAACCAGAAUGUGAGCUCGCACGUCCCGAUUAGCCGUUUGCUCCGUGGCUUAGCCACCUGGUCCUUUGGUCAAUUCACUACUAGAUGAAAGCCUUCCCCAGCGAUGACGGUCACGAUCAUACUUCACCACGCCGCUCAGUGCGGGUGGGUGAAGAGGGAUGCCCGGGAUCGGUUCGGAGGUUGAAUACACCACUGAUGAUGGCCAUGGCUGGGGAUCGAACUCUGGUUACCUGUUUCAUAGUGCAGUGCGCUCACCGCUGUGCCACCACCCCGCUCCUAUGAUAACACUCACCCUUACGGUUGCGUGAGUUUUUAUACAGACAUCUGUGUUCAUUUAUGCGAAAGGCAGCAGCAGGCAGCUGAUGCAAUCCGAGACGGGCGUUGGUGUUUGGCGGAGGCUACGUCACGGAAACACAACAGGAUGCAAAUUAGCGUCUGGCUCCCAAGAUCCAAUAAAUCGAUACAGUCGCAUUCAUUUUGGUUUAUUGUGGUUUGCGCAAAAGCAGAUGAAGACAAACAAUUAAAAUAAUGCUACGUUACCAGAUGUAUUAAUUAGCUUUAACGUUGCCGCGCACGUCCAAUUGUAGUAUCCACGUAGAUGAUAUAUUUGAGUUAUUUCUGUAGGGAGCAACACUUAUCUAUUAUCAGUUCAAAAUGACUCGUUUAUUAUGCGUAGCAUGGUGGUCGUGAGAUCGUAACCGCAAUUCUCGCUUGGAAGAUUAGAUACGGGCGCCGUGUAUGCACAUGCUCGGGGCACUUGUCUGUAGAUAUGUCGCUGGCGCGUAGGUAUGGCAGUGGUUUGUAGGUAUGGCACUGGGCUGUAGGUAUGGCACUGGUCUGUAGGUAUGCCAAUGUCAUGCCUACGGAAAUGCUGAGAGAUUCUUGGUUGUCUUGCAAGUAGCUGGAAGGUAUCUACCUACUUUUAUUUUUAAACCACAGGUUUAUGUCAAUCCACUGCUGGAUGACGGUCUCCCCCACCCUGUGCAAGUCUUGGGGUGUGUUCGACCAUACUUCACCACGCUGAUCAUGGCAGGCAGGUUUAGCCUUGACUCGCACACUGAUCGAGUCACCGGGUUCCUAAUGCAGGGUACCAACCACGGGGUAUUUCUGCCAUUCGAGGGCAGCAACGGAGUAAUAUGGUAACUUGUCCCACUCAUUGUACCUUAAAUGAGUGUGCAGACUUCAGUGAUGUCACUGUGCUUUGUAAUGAACUAUAACGUCGAGGGCCCCCUUUGGCGGUGGUAUGUGCACAAGCGCAGUCUUUCAAGUUACAGUAGUUUGUUUAAUCAGGUGACAACUCGAGAGACCAGCAGUCUCAUUUGCGGGAGUGACCUGGAGUAAAAUGCCAGUGCCACAUUUUGUCCAGAGCGCUGCCGUACGAUGGACGACAAAUGUAUCAGGUUAACGUUUUGGGCAAUGGUCCUUUGCCAGAGAGGGAGAGAGCGGAGAGAGAUUGACUGAACCUGCGUUGGAGAUUGCGCUGCGCAUUGUGGGUCCUGGAGCAAUUUGGGUCAUUGUCGGACAGCGAAAGAGCGCUGAGUUCAUGUACUGUGUGUGUGCAAUUGUCCACGUUUAUAAUGUUUAGAUAUUGAGAAUGCUAAAUUUAAAACCGCACAAUAAUCAAGUCUGUUGUGUUAAUUAAAAACAUAAUUUCAAAGUAUUAUAAAAAAAAAAUUGCACAGUGUGAGGCUCUGAGAAAACUGGGACAUUUCAAAGUGUGAGGCAGUGGCCCAGCUAUUGACAAAUGUAGACAACACCACGCCAUCAUGAACAUCGUUGUGCAGGAUAUCAGCAACAAAAUAAGAAAGCAGACGUACGGAUCCUCCCCGUGUGUCUUCUGAUAUUUAUUUUAAAAAGUACACAUCUCAUCAGCCACAUGUCCUUCUGAAAUACACUGCCAGAAGUCCGUGUGGCUGAUGGGAUGUGUAACAUUCUUAGUGUAUGUGGAGAGACAAAUAUGGGAAGCAUAUGCUCUGCUCGUUCGUGUGAUUGACAAACGCGAUGUGUCCACUGUAGGGGAAAGCCACUGCCUUCGGGUCCAGAAGCGUCCAACCCUUCAUCUUGUGUUGUGCUUCAUAUAAUUUUGCAUCGACCUUCGUCUCAUAUCUAACAUACGGGGGUCCUUGCCAACGCUGUAAAGUCUGGCGGUUCACCAGCGUUGGCUCAAGCAAGCCUGACUGCUGAGAAGACACUCAAUGUUGACGUCAGUCCAGAGUUUGCUUGUACUGUGUACACAAAUGCUGUUAAAUUAUGCGCUCUCAACAAUGCCGUGCUGUUGAAGGGACGUGUGAAACAUACUCAUACUUUUUUUUACGUGGAGCGACAGUUAUGUAAAGGGGAUAUAUUGUCUGCUUGAUUCUGUUUUAACGUGUCUGUCUAUAUAUUCAUAUCUCUUCUGCAGUGACAGGCCAUGCUUGUAUAAUUUGUAUAUGACAUUAAUGCACAGGUGCCUUUAGAUCUUGUGUAAGAGCCUCCUUGUCUCACUCCUUAUUUGUAUUUUUUUUGCUUUCUUAAGAAAACACAUCUGUGUAACUGGUCCAUCUCAACAAAUGGGUGUGUUUUAUAUAUAUGUAACUUAAGCAUAUUUCUAAUUUAAGAAUUACAGUAUUGGUUUGUAAUAGCUCGGAUAAUUGCAUCAGUUUCCACUGACGCAAGUGUCUUCAGAUUUUACAGAAGCUGGGCUCCUCUCUGACUGACCUCUCACAACCUCCACACUCCUCGUGGCACUGCUGUACUCGGGUUAUUAUUUUUCUUAUAACAAUCAAAAACUCCGGCUCUAUUCCACUCUGCAUAGGCCGAGUGAAUUCGUACACAAUGAGCAAUUAGGCGCUGCUGAUAUCGUGCUUACAGCCCUCGAAUCAGUGGUCGGAACUCCAGCGUCCUAAGGCAGGGUUGAGUCUACCCAUAAGAAAACUACUGUUGACUUCCCCACAGCGCGGUAUGAAUUUUAUUGACCCCAGUGUGAUGAUUGGCCGAGAACUCCCAACCAGGAUUCGAACUCACAAUUUCCCGAUUGAGAGCUGCCCGAUCCACCAGGCCGUGUGAACUGUCGGAAUGGAAAUAUGUACGAACGUCAUCGUUUCCCUUCCAUUCUAAACCUAUUUUACUUUGGCCAGUUAGGAGCACAUCGGAAUAAGCAGAAGUGUCACAAAGGUCGCUGUUUUUUUAGUCAGAAAUAGAUAAAACAGUACCGCUUUUUUGCAAUCGGUUACAAAAUUAUGGCACACUGAUCAGUCCUGGCUGCAAGGGUGUUGAGGUGUGGUGAUGGAUGUGGGUGGAAAUGUGAACACCCUUUUCACAUUUGCACAGGGAUAUCCCACUUUUAUGCUAAGCUGUAGAUUCUUUAUAACUUCACUCAUAUAUCCGUGUAUUUAAAUAUUCGAACAAAAGGCACAAUAUAUCUGUUUCAUGUGCCUGUAACUUGUAAUGGUUCCAUGAUAAGCUUAAAGAUAAUAUUCACAAGCAGAGACAUGUGCUACAGGGAGUGUAUUAAUUAACAUGAUUUAUGUUUGUGCAAUUUUUUUUCAAUGCCUCAUGUGACAGUUGUGUUUUCCCUGAUUUUUGUGCAUUCCUUUAUUUGAUUCGUUUUGCUUUUGCCAUCUUGGUAAACCAGGUCACUCAUUGCAAAUGACACUCAUCCUGGUCUCUUGAGCUCUCACCCGGUUACACAUAUGAACUUGAACGCUUGGCUUGGAUGCACUAGAGGCAACUCCAAAGUGAAUUUCUCUUGAAACCUUGUGGACUGAAAGACGUCAAACCCUACAGCUAAAAAUAAUGGUACAGUCCUGCAAUUGCUUACUUUCGCCACUGCUGGCGGAGCAGCCUCCACUCCAGGAAGCUCGAGAGAUAGAAGGUGUUUUGACCUACUCUUCCACGCUGCCAAAUCCACAUCUAAGUGUGAAAUGUAACGUACUCUUUGGUUAUUUCGGUAAAGUCACGUAGGUAGAAAGCAAACCUUCGGGCUACCAUCAAAGAUUUGUCCAUGAAGCCAUGCAGAUAUAUAAACAGAGACAAUUUCAUCCGAGAAGAUGGGUAUAAGCUGAGCAAUCAUUGGAAGGACGUUAUUAACCAAGCAAAGUCGUAACUUGCUGUGGUGCUUCCAUCCUUCCUGCCGUUUGGCUGUUAUCUCCAACUCUCUGAGUUGCAUUGCCCGGUUGGGUGCCUGCAUUAACGGGCUGGGAUCUCACUAACAUGGCCACCUCUGCUCCCUUAGCCUCGAUGGUUCUGGCUGCGUGAUGGGCUGCGUGAUGGGCUGUGUGUCUCACUUGUGCGACCACUGUUGCGGUGGUUCUCUUGCGUUGACGCGCUUGCCUCUUACAGCGCAGUUGGCAGCGCCGCAGCUUGUGUUACACAUAGACAUGACAUUAACUUGCUAAUCUCCCUAAUCUCUCUGCCUAAUCUCUCCCAUCAACAUAGUGCUAGUCUUCCAUUAACACUGCUAUUGUGCACAUAUGCGGGGACGAUACUCUUAUGCGGUGACGGAAGCUCAUUUCAUGCUCAUCUCUCCCUAAUCUUCCCCAUUAACACAAUUGACGUGCUUGCGUGUGGGGAUGGAAUUCCUUUCCAGCUCAGACCCCGCAUGCUUGCCCUUCGCCAACAUAUAUAACUUCUUGUUGUAACAGAUCUCUCGCUGUGUUCUUCCUGGUUCAGCAGUUCUACUGCUGGGUUAUUUUUUUCCGCCUGAGGACGACCGCUUGUGUUGCGAUCGAAACGUCGUGAUUUUUUUUUAUUUUAAUUUUCCACCUACGUGACUUUACCGAAAGAACGAAAGAGUAUGGAUUUCUGCAGUCACGAAAGCUUCAAAUCAAGAUUGAAAUGUAACGUGGUUAAUUAUUUAUUUUGGAAGAGGUACAACCUCACAUUUAAGUGUCAAAUUAACGUAUUUUUUUAUUUUGUUAAAAUAUUUCACCUGGAAUAUCGCUCGAGAUGGGGAAUGUGUCGUUUGCAAGCGUGUCCAGGUUCGUCGAGUGACCCUAGCGCACGCGGUUAGUCUUGCUCAUGCACCAGCAUUGUCUGCUGAUGAUCUGUGGAGUCGAAAAUGGCCGUCAUUACAUAACGCCCUCGCAGGCUGAAGCGUGCCCCAGACCUGACGUGUGGCGUGGCUGAGGCAGCAGUGUCCUUGGCACGCAAUGCGCGGGAGCUCUGCCAAGCGAAUUUUCUUAAGGGACACAAAACUCACAACCCUAACAAUUACGAAGCUUAUUUAUUGUCAAUUCCAAGCCAAAGUGAUAUCAAAUGGGCAACGGGGCAGUGCUCACCUGCUGCUUUACAGGCCUGUAGAGCCAGUGGUGGGCAUUCUGCAUUCCUAUGAUGGGGGUGAGUCUAUCCGCGUCAACCACUGUUGAUUUUCCAGCAAAGUGGCUGCUGCACAUUGGAAAGAAUCAAAUCUCCAAGAGAACAACUGAACCAUAGUUCUUUUACAUUCAGUAUUGGAAUGCUUUUGGAACCCGUUUUGUUUUAAUUUGGCCCCCGUUUUGUUUUAAUUUGGCCCCCGUUUUGUUUUAAUUUGGCCCCAAAUUGUUGAAACGGAACCCAACACAGUGGGUGAGAGGAUUACCACACUGCUGGUCUGCUAAAUCCACGCUGACUCUUUCAGACUGGAAGGCAGCCUGGAGCUUGUCCUUUUGUGGAGUAUCCGGUGAUGCAGGCAUUGGCCCAGUUACAGUCCUCAGCUGGCUCAAAUGGGACUAAAAUGUGCAUUUAAACAUAAUCAAAGUUGUGAUGUGGAUGUUUAGUGAAGCGUGUGGACCAUGGGUAGUUGAUACAUUGUGUGGUAGUAAGGUUAUUUAAUUGGAGACGAAUGAUGUAUCAACAUGUUUUAAUUACAUCCCUGAGAAAAUGAGAUCUCGCGAUAUGCCAAAGCGAGCACUGUAAGUUUGGCGUGCAGAAACCAGACGCCUACCCUGGCAAGUACACGCUUGCGUGCUCAUACGCGCACACAGCCCCUACGGAAACAUGUUGGGCUUCUCCAUUUAGUUUAAACAUUGAACUUAGUUCAACUUGAACAAAUCAUCUUCUUGGUUCUUUCGGUAAAGUCACGUAG